AUGAGUGAUAGUGCUACAGGUAAGGAUAUCAAGCCUGUUGGAACUUUGGUAUUCGACGAGAACAACAACAUUCUACUUUGUAGUGGGAUCGGGAAAUCCAGAAAGCAGGAUAUAACACAACUAGCUACAUUGCAAGUUGAUGACGAAGGGUUCGCAACUGUAGAGGAUAAACAAGCAGGGCUAAAGGUAUCACUCUACAGAGAUGAGGAUAUGACUACAGUUUUGUACUCAAAGGCCUAG